AUGGCGACGCUCGCGGCAGAGCCUCUCACGGCAGAGCCUCUCACGGCAGAGACGUAUCCUCCGCCUCUAACCGAGGGCGAGCAGGACGGCCUCGUCCAGGCAAUCAAGGAUUGGUCCAUGGGCAACGGACUGGCGGUGCGACCACCACCGGCCGUCAUUCCCGUCGACGCCGACCCUGCCGGCAUCGCGGCCAUCAAUGCGCCCGUCACCCUCUUCCCGAGUCCCUUCCCGCGGAGGUGCUUCGACCAAGCCAAGGCGGUGCAGCCGACGUACAACGAGCUGUACGCCUCGGUGAGCCGCGACGAAGAGUUCCUCGGUCAGAUGGUCAAGGAGGUGCUGGACGGCGAUGACUUCAUCCGAAACUUGUGGCAGACGCACCUCAGAGUCAAGGAGGAGGGCUACACUCAGCCUCUCUCGCUCGGUCUCUUCCGGUCCGACUACAUGGUGCACCGCGACGGGUCGACAUCACCACCCUCGCUGCAGGCGAAGCAGGUCGAGUUCAACACCAUCGCCUCCUCGUUCGGUGGCCUGUCCAGCUUCACGUCGCAGCUCCACAGCUUCCUCGCAUCCACCGAGUACCCGCUGCUGAGCCGGCCGAUGGACGUCGGCGCGCUCGACCUGCCCGAGUGCCGGCCCGUCGAAGGACUCGCCGCCGGCAUCGAGGCCGCCUUCCACGCGUACGCGGCCUCGGAGCUGGGGCACCCCACGUGCGUCGUCUUCCUCGUGCAAUCCGAGGAACGAAACGUCUUCGACCAGCGCCACCUCGAGUACCAAAUCGUCAAGUCCUCGCCGACGAUACCCGUCUUCCGCCUGCCCUUUGCCGACAUCCUCACCCACACGUCGGUGGCCGAGACGGCCAAGCGGCAGCUGCUCUACCGCCUCCCGCGCAACCCGACCAGGGUGUUAGAGGUCGCCGUCGUCUACAUGCGCGCCGGCUACGGCCCCGGCGACUACCCCGACCGGGACGCCUGGGAGGCCCGAUAUCAGCUGGAGCGGUCGGCGGCCAUCAAGUGCCCGACGGUGCUGACGCAGCUCGCCGGCACCAAGAAGGUGCAGCAGGUGCUCGCGGCGCCCAAGGUGCUGGCGAGGUUCAUCGACGACGAGACGACGUCGGCGGGCGAGUUGUGGAAGACGUUUACGAACAUCUACCCGAUGGACAGGUCGGACGCCGGCCUCGAGGCCCGCAAGAAGGCGCUCGACGCCGAGCUCUGCCAGGCGUACGUGCUCAAGCCGCAGCGGGAGGGCGGCGGCAACAACAUCUAUCGCGGAGCGAUCCCCGACUUUCUCCGGUCGGUGCCCGAGGAGCACUGGGGGUCCUACAUCCUCAUGGAGCUCAUCGUGCCGCCGCCCGUGUCGAACCUCAUCCUCCGCAACGGCCGGGUGGAGCGAGGCGGCGUCAUCUGCGAGCUGGGCGUCUACGGCACCUGCCUGUGGAACCAGGGCACCGGGGAGGUGCUGCGCAACGAGGAGGCCGGGUACCUCUUGCGGACCAAGGGCGACAAGAGCGAGGAGGGCGGCGUCGCGGCCGGGUACGGAUGCAUGGACAGUUGCGCCUUGGUGUAG